AUGUCUGUGAAACCUGAGAAGCCCGUUUGGAUGUCCCAGGAGGACUAUGAUAGACAAUAUGGUACAGUUGGAGAUGGCGAGAAUAAAACAGCUAUUGUGGAAAAAACAACUAUUACAACUCAAUCUAGCAGUAAUGUAGUUGUAGGAGAAGCAUCAAAAACAAGCAGUGAUAUUGGCGCCAAUAAAAUUCAAAAACGUAAGAGACAUGAUGAUUUCGCAUUGGAAGAGAAGAAGAGGCGUGAAAGAGAGAGAAGACUGAGAGAAGAACAACUGAAGGAACAUGAGAUUAAAUUGACAGCUGAAAAGAUUACAAACGUCAAUAACUUAGUGCGCGAGCAUUACAACGAGAGAACCUAUAUAGCAAAUCGAACAAAGAGAAACCAAUCCCCAAUUAUCAAGCUUCGAAAUUUUAAUAAUGCAAUCAAGUUUAUGCUAAUUGAUAAGUUUACACAUACAGGUGAUGUUGUUCUAGAAUUGGGCUGCGGUAAAGGUGGUGAUUUAAGAAAAUACGGAGCUGCAGGAAUUUCACAAUUCAUUGGUAUUGAUAUUUCAAAUGCCUCCAUUCAAGAAGCCCAUAAAAGGUACCAAUCUAUGAAAAAUCUUGAUUUUCAGGCCAUUCUUAUAACUGGAGAUUGUUUUGGGGAAUCUCUUGGUGUAGCGGUUGAACCAUUUCCAGAAUGUCGCUUCCCUUGUGAUGUUGUUUCCACCCAAUUCUGUUUGCAUUAUGCAUUUGAGACCGAGGAAAAGGCGAGAAGAGCUUUAUUAAAUGUGUCUAAAUCUUUGAAGGUUGGCGGUAGAUUUUUUGGUACCAUACCAGACUCUGAGUUUCUCCGUUAUAAAUUGAAUAAGAUUGGUAAAGACGUUCAGGAACCCAAGUGGGGAAACCAAAUAUACAGUAUCAAAUUUUCCAAUAAUGAUUAUCAUGAAAAUGGAAACGAAUUUCCAUCGCCAUAUGGCCAAAUGUAUACAUUUUGGUUAGAAGAUGCAAUUGACAAUGUUCCCGAGUAUGUGGUUCCAUUUGAGACACUAAGAAGUCUUGCAGAUGAAUAUGGUAUGGAACUGAUUCUUCAAAUGCCAUUUAAUCAGUUUUUUGUACAAGAGAUACCUAAAUGGGUAAAUAGAUUUUCUCCAAAGAUGAGAGAAGGUCUAACAAGAUCUGACGGUAAGUAUGGUGUUGAAGGCAUAGAGAAAGAACCAGCUGCUUAUCUAUAUACAGUAUUUGCUUUCAAAAAAGUAAGAGAACAUGUUGAGUAA